GGGAGUUUCUGAAUAGUAUAGUAUUUAAAACUCAUUUUCCUUCCUGAUUCUUUUUCUUCUUACUUUAACCAUGAGAUGUCUCUGGCUGUUACUCUGUCUCUUUCACUCUGUAUUUGGUAAGCAGCAUUUAUUUUUUCUUUUACACAUUGAGAUGAUAAUGAAAUUUUAAGUUGCUUUGAGGAUCAUAAUACAAUGUUCAUCAUUUUAGCAUUGAUCAAGUCAAACCUGUUAGCUGGUUCUUAGUGUGUUUUUAUUGUUUUAUCGAUUUGAUAUUUAUGUACAUUAACUUUUAGAAAACUUUUAGAAGACUUUCAAUAUACUGUCAUUCAAAUAUAUGUGAAUGAUAUGUUCCGUGGUUCUGUGUAAAUCUAUAUUUGCAUUUUGUAAUGACAUUAUUAAAGCUCUUUUAGUUUUUUUUCAUUGAUGAAUGAAACUGACUCAAAUUGAAAGGAUAAAAAUUUUCAAUAUGCACACAUGUUCUACAUGAGCAAAAAAAAGUCCAAUUUACGGAGUUAGCUAAUUUAUACGGAUAAUCCUCCUGCUGUGAUCUGCCAUGCUGCUUAUUUAUUAUGAUGGAUGACAUGUUCAUUUUUUUUUACUGUAUUCUAUUGAUUCACUUCACUUGAUGCUGCAUCUGUUUAAAAUCAUCUUAAAAUCAUUGACUUCUAACCAUCUCACGCAUUUUCCAAUUGUUUCCAAUCUAAUAUCUUUAUCGCUAUCCAUUUUCCAUUAUCCGACCAAUAACAUUACUGGUAUACUUCUUUUACAACCUAUAUUUUCUCCAUCAUAUUGUAAGAGGAUGAUUUAUUUUGCUAAUAACUUUGCAUAAAACUGCUACAAAAUUAAAUUCUAGAUUUUAAGCUUACACUCAGGACUUAUAAGUAUUUUUUUGUUUGCAAGUAUAUGAUUUGGAACCCAUUUCUUGUGCUUAAAGUAAAACUGUCAAUCCCUGUGUUGGUGUCUGCCCGAGUACAGCCUUUUAAACAAUCUUCGUUGGAGCAGUGCUUUGUCUGGAAGCUCAUUCUAAACAACUAACGGCACGUGUAUACAUUGUGCAUAACGAUCUUUGGUCAGGAAAGCCAUUAACCAUACUUGGGAUCACUUAUAUGGCAGCAGUCAAAGACGGAUCGUCACGGGAGUUGAUCAGUUUUUCUUUCAGUACUAAUCGUUAUAAAGUGUCCCGGCUAAGGAUCCAAUAAAUGUUAAGUACAUAUUUAGAGUGCAAGACAUAGAAAUAUAGAAUGUGACGGCAGAUAAGAAUUAUCCAUCCUAUCUAGUCUGCCCAGUUUUCUAAAUAUUUUCAUUAGGUACCUGGCCUUAUGUUAUAUAUAGGAGAGACUUAUGCUUAAACUUCUUCACUGUGUUAACCUCUACCAGAAGAAGGCAAUUCCAUGCGUCCACUACCCUCUCUGUAAAGUGAUACUUCCUGAAAUUAUUUUUAAACCUAUGCUCCUCUAAGUUAACUUCUUAAGGAUGAAGUCAGUUGUACAAGUUGUGAUCAAAACUAAACGUAAACAAAACCUGGAAUUUGCGCUUUAUGUCUUUUCAGGCGUAAUUCAACUCUUUCAUAUUAACCCCUUAAGGACCAAACUUCUGGAAUAAAAGGGAAUCAUGACAUGUCACACAUGUUGUGUGUCCUUAAGGGGUUAAGUGCACCCACACUUAUUAUAUAUCAUUUUGUUCUAGAGAAACAGAGCUUUCAAUUCAUAUCAAAUAUUUAUAUAUGAAACAUAAUUUAAUAUGAAUACAUUUUUUAAAACUUAAGUUAAAAAUUUUUUAAGAACUUUUGUUAUUUUUUUAAGUUCUGUGUGGCAUUUUAACUAUUAAUUUCGUAAUACUGAUAGUUUUCACUGCAAUAAAUUACACAUAUUUGUAUUCAGCGAUGUCUCGCAAGUACAAAAGUACCCACUAUAUACAGGUUUUAUGGUGUUUUGGAGAGUAACAGGGUCAAAUUUAGAGCUAUCCUCUUUUACACUUUUUAACACUUUGAAAUUUGCGAGGUUGGUUUGCUCGGUCAAUGCUGCCUUUGGGACUGUAUGGCAGUUCAGGAAUGAAAAUUAACCCCAGCAUGGCAGACCAUUUGUAAAAGUUGACAAACCAGGGUAUUCAAAAUGGGGUAUGUCCAGUCUUUUGUAGUACCCACUUGGUCACAAACCCUGGCCAAAGUUAGCGUUCAUAUUAGUUUUUUUCACAGAAAUACUGUAAUUUCAUUGAUUAUAUCAUCGUCAUUAUACAUAUUACUGCUCUAUAACACUCAUAUUUGCGUUCAGCGAUGUCUCAUGAGUAAAACAGUACCAUGCAUGUACAGGUUUUAUGGAUCUUUGGAAAGUUAGAGGGUCAAAUACAGAGCUUGCCCAUUUAAUUUUACCUUUGUAAAAUCAUGUUACCUUUAAGGCUGUGUGACAGCCCAGGAAUGAGAUUUACCCCCAUCAUGGCAUACCAUUUUCCAAAGAAGACAACCCAGGGUAUUUAAAAUGGAUAAGUCCAGUCAUUUUUAGUAGCCACUUAGUCACAAACCCUAGUUAAAAUUAGCGUUCAUAUUAGUUUUUUGCAUUUUUCACAAAAUAAAAUGCCAUUACACUGAUAUCAUCAUCAUUUUAAGUUUUACUGCCUUAAAACACUCAUAUUUGUUUUCAGCGAUGUCACACGAGAAAAACAGUACAGGUUUUCUGGGGUUAUGGAAGUUUACAGGGGCAAAUAUAGGGCUAUACCACUUCAGUUUGCCAGAUUAGUUAGGUGGCCUAUGUUGCCUUUGAGACCAUAUGGUAGCCCAGGAAUGAGAAUUACCCCCACCAUGGCAUAUCAUUCACAAAAGUAAACAACCAAGGGUAUUCAGAAUGGGUUAUGUCCAGUCUCUUUUAUUAGCCACUUAGUCACAAACACUGGCCAAAGUUAACGUUAAUAAUUUUUUUUUCAUUAAAAAAACUGCACUUUCACUGAUGAUAUCAUCAUCAUUACAAAUUUAUAUUAAGAUACGCUUAUGACAUUAAAUUUUUUUAAUAUAUUUAUAAUAUAUUAUAAGUUAAUUAAAACACCUUAUUAGCAUAUUAUACAUAUAUUAAUACCAGAAUACAGUAAGAAUUAAAUAAUAUAUAUUUUUAUAUAUGUAUAAUAUGCUAAUAAGGUGUUUUAAUUAACUUAUAAUAUAUUAUUUGAAUGUAUGAUUUUAAAUUUAUUUUUAAUUUCAGACACCAUGGGGACUGCCUGAACAUUCAGGCAGUGCCCCUGCAGGCAGUCUCAUAGACUGCUUUGUGGCCAUGUGAUUUGCAACGUCCGUCGCGAUCACAUGGCCCAAGAGGGUCGGAAAGGUAGCAGGGGGACUGCCUGUCUCGAGAGGCAGUCCCCCCAGACUGGGAUCUCUGCGGAUCGCCAGUCCAGGUAAGUAAAUUGCGGCCAGGGAGCUAACAAUCAUUAGGGCCACCUAACGGCGUUUAGGCUCACUUAAUAUGGAGCGGCAUAGUACGCCCUAACGGUGUUAAGGGGUUAAGACUAUGUCCUCUUGUUGUGGUAGUUUUUCUUCUUUUAAAUAUAGUCUCCUCCUUUACUGUGUUGAUUCCCUUUAUAUAUAUAAAUGUUGCUAUCAUUUUGUGUGUUGUUUUUUUCUUAAUAAGGAAUAAUUGUGUUGUCACAGGUUCACUGAAAGUAAUUAGCAUGGAGAAGCAAUUGGCAGCUGUAGGACAUGAUGUGACCCUUGAAUGCCAACUUAUAGCCAGUACGAAGCCAGAUGUGCAGCAAGUCUCAUGGAAGAAGGAGUCGGGUGAUAACGUUGGACCAGUCGCUACUUCUAGCAAAUCAUUUGGAAAAAGAUACAUUGGAUAUUAUUCAAAUCGCAUAGCCAAUUUCACUGAAAUAACACCGAAUGUGUCGGCAAUUACAAUCCGAUCAGUGGAUCUUGAAGAUCAAGGAUGUUUUAAAUGCAUUUUUAAUAUCUUCCCUUUGGGAGCAAUGGAUGCACUCAUUUGCCUAGAUGUCUAUGGUAAGGUUUUGUGUGUAUGAGAUGAAGAAAGUGUGUUAGAUGUUAAUUAGCUCUAAAUGUGUGAUUGUGUGAGGCAUUGCUGCAAAAAUGCUCUCUCCAUGCUUAAUUGACUUUUUCUUGUCCAUAAUCAUAAUCAUUGGAGUUUUUGUUAAGCAAUGUGCAGAAUGUUGUAAUUUUCCCUAUCUUCAUGUCGGGGAUUUGUUAUCAAGUGACAAAUUACUAUCCACAGCUGUGGCAAUCAACAUUUAAUGUUUAACAAAUGCAUUAAAAAAAAAUCAUGCAAAAAAAUCUAAUUAUAUAUGUAAAACAAAAAGGUAUGCAUCUUCAAAGUUUCCCUCAAUGCACUGUUUAGUGCUUUAUGGGAUAAGUAGUUUAUUGAUGAAGACAUAAUAUUGUACUGCGCUGUGGAAUAAGUUGGUGCUAUAUAAAUAUUAAUAAUGAUAAGAUAGGUUGGUUCCUCGGUUAAGUUGGGUGUGUGGCGUGCAGAUAGCGCUUGGAGCACUUUGACAAAAUGAACGCAGCAACCUGAAUAUUUGGCUGACUAAUUGUGAGCUCUGAGGGGCAGACUUAAAGCUGCAGCAAUUGUUACAAAUUACUUUCAAUUCUCUGUCAUAGCUGAGAGUGGGCUAACUGUGGGUUACGUUGACGUAGUGGUGGGCCGAGCACGAUAUGGCCAAAUGGUGAAACUGAAUCCCCUUAUUUGUUUGCUAAUUUAGGUGAUUUAAGUAGCCUUAUGAAAAACAAAACGGUAUAUUUGUUUUUGUGUGCACGCUGUUCCUUUGUAAUACUGUAUUUUGUAUAGAUUUUGGUCUUUGUGGCAGCAACACUGCUUAGAAAUGCAUGUUCUGCAUGUGCCUCCAAUUCCCAUUUUGUUUUGAGAGUGGGCUCAGGAUGCCACACGAACCAUCAACUUUUCAAUUAUUUGAUGUUUUUUAUUAUUAUUAUUUUAUUUAUAUAGCGCCAGCAAAUUCCGUAGCGCUGUAUAAUGGGUGGACUAACAGACACAAAAUUGUACGUGGAUACACAGGAACAGAGAGGUGGAUGGUCCUGCUCAAUGCGCUUACAUGCUAGAGGGAGUGGGGUAUAGUGACACAAAGGCUACAAGUAGGGGUAAUGAAAUAGGUUUCACUGAGAACUAAGGUUAUUUUUGACAGUUGCAGGAGAGGAGUCAUGGGGGGAGGGGAGGAUUAAAAUCCCCUAACAGUUUAAAUUAUUAUUAUUAUUAUUACUGGUAUUUAUAUAGCACCAGCAUAUUCCGUAGCGCUUUCCUGAAGAAGUAUGUUUUCAAAGAUUUUUUGAAGGAGUGGAGACUGGGUGAAAGUCUAUGCACUUUAAAUUUGUUUUACUGUGGACCACAACAGCAGGCUGCAAUAUUAAUUGUGCUGACUCUUUUAUAUCCUAGGUUUUGGUCACAAUUUUGGUACAAUAUUCACUUUUAUCAUGUGCUUGAUCUUUAAUAUUUAGAAAUGAACAUAUCAGAGCCCAAUCUGGAAGUAUACCCUAUGUCCAGCACAUCGGGUUUGAAUGAAACCUAUAUUAUCACUUGUUCUGUAACUGGAAGACCAGCACCGAGCAUCGAGUGGAGCCUGCCAUACACGUCCCAGGAGAUCCCUCAGACAUACACGAUCGAACACCCUGAUCACAGUGUUACUGUCAUUAGUAACUUUACACAAAGGUUGUCACGGCACCAGAGGGACACAACAGUGACCUGCACCAUUUACCAUCCAGCUCUCAAAGAAGCCACCUACCUCACAAAGUCCAUUGAUUCUACCAGUAGGUUCCAAAGCUCACAAUCUGCAUUCUUUCUCUCUCUCUCUCUAAACGUAUUGUGGAUAUAUAAUUUAGAAAAUCAAGGGAACCUCUGUGUCCACAAACGGCCAUUUUUAAAUCAAUAACCAUUGCUUUAAAAAAAAAAAUGACUUUUCAUUAAUGCAGACGUAGCCUUAAGCUAGUGUAGAUCCAUCCCCCUUUUUUUUUUUUCACCCAGCACUUACUUUCUUGUUACUUCCACGUAAAUUAAAAUUAAAUGUCAAUAGGUCAUUUUAUUGAGAUUUAGGGAUUUGUAGAAAAAAAAUAAAUGAUACUUUUACUGCAUAAUUUCUAGUGCUGCUAUUAAGCAUUGAUGUUUACAUUUCUAUUAAAUUGACGACUUGCUAUCGUAAAGUACGAUUCUUAUCAGACUCAUUCAACCAGUGGAUGAGGUUACUAGGAGUUAUAAUCCACAUAAGGUGUUUAGCAAGUGCUUGCACCCAUAUCCCAUUAAAUCAGAUAAAUAUAUUUUAACUCCCACCAGCUUCAGCCGUGAUCUCAAUGAGCAUGAUGAUAGUAGUUGUAGUCCAGCAAGGGCAGGUAUGCACUCAAUUUGAUGAGACAUAAACUCCUAAUAGAUUGACAUACGUUUUUUUUUCCAUCUGACAACUUGGAAAGUCAGAUGUCACUGGCCAGAACCAUUUUUUUUUUCUUCGUCAUGAAGUCACAGAGUUGAGUUGCCUCAAAGCCAGGAGCAAGGGCUUUGACAUUUUCAGUGUUAUUUGCUCAAGUCAGUGAAUUUCAACUUUAAAGGCACAGUAGAUGAACUGAAGGCACAACUAAAUUGGUAGUUUGUUUUAGUUGAGCUACUUUGUUAUUUAAUUUGAAAUUCAUUUUGAAGUUGUACAAAACGCAUAAUCCCUUCCAGGAACAGGGCAUUCCAGCUGGCUGACUGACGGCAAAAGGGAGCUCAACAAACACAUGGAAAAAAGGAGAUAUUUAUCUCCAAAAUGAAAUGUUACUAAAAAGAGCAGCUGUAGGAACAGGGACAGAGCACCAUAACUACCUAAGUAGGAUGUGACCAUUCAUUUUUAUUUUUCAGACCUAACAAACACAUGUUUUUAAACACAGAGGUCAAGGAGAUUUGUGCCAUACUCUUUCAGUAAGAGUCUUCCACUCCUUGAUGCUGCAAAUCUUUUAAAAGAUGAAGAAUGAAUAAAGAUGCCCCCAGAGAGAUCCUGAGUGUCAGGGUGACAAUGUAACACAUCAGACUGAAUAAUACCAGCAUUAUGGGGGAUGUAGUUCACAACCUCCGGAGUGCCCAAAGUUGUCUAUCCCCUGCUCUAAGAUAUUCAUUCAGCAAUUUUGCUUGAUUAAUUGAAUGCUAUUUAAUAUGAUUCUCUACUAACCAACAAUCAUUUUGCUUUCCAUCUAACAGGAGAGGAGAUUCCAUUGCAAGACAUAAUGGUCUGGGUGUGGCCUAUUACUGUAAUAUUCAUCAUUUUAGUUUUAAUUGUAUUCAUCAUCACCUGCCAAGGAUACAUAAAACCGCACAAAUAUCAGGUAAGUUGUUAGAGAAAUGUACUAUUCUACGACAUCCUUGAAUAUCAGAUAUCUUUGUCUGCUCAGAUAAAACUCUGUAUCAAAUAUAGAAAUAAAAUCAAUACUUAAAAAAUUAUAUCUAAAUAUUAAAAUAUUUUCAAAAUAUUAAAUAAUUUUCAGUUUAUCAAAAAAAUAUUAAAACAAGGCCAUUAUAAGGAAAACCAUCCCUAAAUCUACAUCUAAAAUAAUGUUUGUUAAUUAUCUAGAUCUGUUAAAAGUUAUAUCCUUUAGCUUUUUAACUUUGAUAGCUAAAUUUUAAGCUAUCGACAUGUAACACAAAGUGAGGGCACAGACAGGCUGCUAAGUGUUGUUGCCAGAGAAGCAGAAAAAGUUAGCAGUUUCAAAUUCUCCGACGAAUAAGAGAAAAUGUUUAUUUUAGCUUUCGAUGGAUACUCUUAGCACCAGAAACACUACAGCUUAAAGUAAUGGUUUUGAUGAAAGAUACUGUCCCUGCAGCCCGAGCAGGAUAAACGCAGCCUUUGCUGGGAAAAGGUUAAAUUCUAAAGUCACCUCUAGUGGCUGUAACUUAAAGCAUUGUGGGGUUACUGCGCAUGCAACAAUCAGCAUUUCUUCAUACAGAUACAUUGACUCGAAGAAUCUCUAUGGGGAGUGUAUGAGCGCACACUAGCCACCCAGCGUUCCCCUAUUCCCCAUUAGAUUGGCUAAGGUAAUUUUCUUCAGAUAUUGACAUUCAUUGUGUUUUCUUUCUUUUACAUUUUAGAAAUGCACUGCCAAAGAGUUUUCUUCAAGCGAAACCGCCAUGAUAAGACCGACUGAUAAUAGCACAUGUGUCAAAAAUCCCAUUUUAAUAUUGUGUCCAUAGCUAAGGUGUUCAGUUUCCCUCUGUAAUGUGAGAGUUUUGUAUUGUAAAAUGUGAAAUGUACUGUUUACAUUGGGGAUUGGGCUAGAGCUUUCAUUUCCUCCAUAGUUUGACAAUGAUGCAUAUUUUGUUUCCUGGUACUUUUUUUUUUUUACUAUUUAUUACUGCCACUCACAUUCCCUAUUUGUCACGUGAUAACAUUACAAAAUUUGGUUAUUCCAUUUUGUGUGUGAUGUUAUAGGUGAUGCUCUAUGGGAAUCUCCUACCUAUGUACAGUCACACUUUCACUUCCUCUAUGCAAAGGGAACUGGCAUAUCUCAUAGGGAAAUCCCUUCGUUCAGCAAUGCAUACCAUGUGAUUUUUGAUGGAAAAAAAAAAAAAGUUUUGUCCCAUGAGUCACUAUUGACAGUAGUUUUUUACUAUUGCCACAGUUUCGGUCAUAGUGAGUAGAAAACAGUCAUAAAUGUUUGACAAAAAUAGUUUAUUUCUUCUAAUUUUUAAUUUGCUGUUGACUGACCAAAACUUACUAAGCCGAAGUAGUUUAUAUAAGCUAGGGGUUAUGAAUAAAAAUAAAUUUUAAAAGUGUCUGUUCUGAAAAGUGGCGCACACAUGGAAAAGGUGCAGUGUUACAGGAUACAAUAUACCUGCUGUUUUCCAUGGUGACUGCCCCACUUUUAGCACUUUAGACCACUUUUCAAAACACAGCACCUUUUAUCCAUUACCCCCAUUGUCGCUGAUAUUUGUGUGUUUAAAAAAAAUGUUUACAAUUAAGAAAUGGGGUCCUUCAAGGCACUCUCUUUUUAAUGUCUCCUUCUGCAUGUUUCUUGGUUCUGGGCAUUCUAUUUGAAGUUUCUCUGACAGACUCUGCAACAAAUUUGAGCAAUUCUACAAACGUUUUGAAAAUGUUCCUGUUUAUAAAAGUUUACCUCCCAUUUAAUCUGAAAAUGAUCAAUGAUUCUCUUAGAGAGAUUGGAUUUGUCUCCAUUCGAUAUUCUCCUACAAGCAGAAUGUUUACUGAAGGAGUUUCCAGCACUUUCAGGAACAACAGAGCUAUUCAAAGAAGAUUGAAAUUAUGUGUUUAUUUAUUUAUUAUGUCUCUACAUGUUUCGCUUUGUAUGGUUUGUAACAAUAGAAUAUAUUUUUUUUAUUUACUAUGCCAAAAGGUGCCUCAAAUAAAAAAUUGACAAAGUG